AUGAGCACCACACCUGGCGACGGCAAUAUAGCCGCCGAACAAGAAGCGAACAUACCGAAGCCAUCUACUAUCCGAAAGACGACCUCUCUAUGGUCGAACGAUACAUGUCCUACGCAUUGUCUCCCUCAUAUUAAUUGCAAAUCCUGCCUAAAAGCUGCGGUUUCAAAUGCUAUCAAAACCAGUGCAGCCCAGUCCCGGGCCUCCGCAACUACUGCAGCGAACUUAAAGCACCAGCCCCUGGAGCCAAAACCAGCUGCAACGUUCCCGAACAAUAAAUGUCUUACGCAUAUUACCCCUGAUAUUCAUUGCGCAUCCUGCCUAAAAGAUACGAUUGCACGUGUUGUCCGAGCCACUGCAACCCAGUCCCAGGCCUCCACAACUACUGCAGCGAACAUAAAGCCCCAGGCCCAGAAGCCAAAACCAGCUACAACGUUCUCGGACGCCGCUACAACAGAUCUCCAGGCCGCCACGACUGCUGCAUUAAACAUAACAAAGCCCCAGGCCCCGGAACCAGAACCAGCUGCAACGCAAGAUUUGCCCGAAUCCGAUCCAAGCAGCAAGUAUCUCAUUGACCUUGGUACAGAUUCUUGUUUCAAAAUAAACCCAAUACCCUGCUUGUAUUGCACAUUCGGCUUAGCAGACGGGGACCCCAGUUGCUGGCAAUGGGUGCUGCGUCGAAUGCAACUUGGCCAGGAAAACCUGCACCCGGCUUGGGUGCACACCUUCCGAGACGAAAACCCUCGAAUUGGUGGGCUGCCGGAAAACCGUUUGCCUGCUUCUUCAGGGGGAAAAGAGUUCACAACAGACUAUACUAGCUGCCACGGGAAAUCAAACGCCCCUGCAAACGAGGUGAAGAAGACGAAGAAGAAGAAGAACAGGAAGCCAAAAUCCGAGUCUAAAGAAGCGGGCCUCGACAAAGAAGCAAAAGCAAGCGUCGACAAAGAAACGAGCCUUGACGAUAAAGCGAGCACCGACAAAGAAGCGAGCAUCGACAAAGAAGCGAGCAUCGACAAAGAAGCGAGCAUCGACGAUAAAGCAAGCAUCCACAAAGAAGCGAGUCUUAAUGUUGAAGCAAGCCCCUAUAAAGAAGCAGGCCUCGAUAAUAAAGCAAAGCCCGAUAAAGAAGCAAGCAUCGACGAUGAAGCAGGCGUCAACACAGAAGCAAGCCCUGUUAAAGAAGCAAGCAUUAACGAUGAACUGGGCCUCGACAAAGAAGUAGGCAUUGAUAAUGAGGCAGUCAUCGAUAAAGAAGCAAGCCUUGACGAUGAACUAAGCCCCGACAAAGCAUCAGGCAUUGAUAAUGAGGCAGGCAUUGAUCAUGAGGCACGCAUUGAUCAUGAGGCACGCAUUGAUCAUGAGGCACGCAUCGAUCAUGAGGCAUACAUCGAUAAUAAGGCACCCAUCAACAAAGAGGCAAUUCCCGAGAGUGAAGCAAGCCUUGACGAUAAAGUAAGCCCCGACAAAGCAGCAGGCAUCGAUAAUAAGACAGACAUUGAUAAUGAGACACGCAUCAACAGAGAAGCAAGUACAGACACAGACGAUUCAGGAGGUGUUUCGCUCUAG